AAUUGACCUCAGAUUUCGAAGCAAAAGGUGGUCAAGCAGUAUCUGUAAUGCCGCCACUGGCUAUCAACAACAAAAGUGAGUACUUUUCAGUUGGCACACAAAGACGUACCAAGAGUUCUUCAGAUAAAAUCUCCUUUAGGGAGGCUGCAAGAAAAAACAGUAUUUCAGAUGGAACUAGUAAGUAUAGGAAAAAACAUUCAGUCACCACAUCAGUAUCAUGCUUCUAGUUUUCAAAGCAGUCAUUCUGAUUCAAUAACAAAGGAGGAUGAAGAACUUGAGUUGCAGUGGGCUGCCAUCGAGAGACUACCCGCCUUCAAACAGUUGCGAACAUCUUUGUUUGACAGUGAGCACAGCAAUGGAAGUAGAACAGGAUCUGAAGGGAAGAGAGUGAUUGAUGUCACCAAGCUUGGAGCGUUGGAACGUCACGUGUUCAUUGAGAAGAUCAUAAAGCACAUAGAGAAGGAUAAUCUCUUAUUGCUGCAGAAACUAAGAGAGAGAAUAGAAAGAGUUGAUGUAAAACUACCUACUGUCGAGGUGAGAUACAGAAAUGUAUUUGUGGAAGCAGAGUGUGAAGUUGUGCAGGGGAAGCCCCUCCCAACACUAUGGAACUCUAUUGCAAGUGUGUUAUCUGUUUACACAAAGGCCAUCCAUUGCAAGUCUCAAAAGGCCAAGAUAAGCGUUCUGAAGGGUGUCAGUGGCAUCAUCAAACCAUCAAGGCUCACUCUUCUUCUUGGUCCCCCAAGCUGUGGGAAGACCACCUUGCUAUUGGCCCUCGCAGGACAACUGAACCAGUCUCACAAGGUUAAGGGGGAAAUCUCUUACAAUGGUUACAGGCUAGAUGAGUUUGCUCCUCAAAAAACAUCAGCUUAUAUAAGCCAAUAUGACCUGCACAUACCUGAGAUGACUGUGAGGGAAACAAUUGAUUUUUCUGCGCGCUGUCAGGGUGUGGGAAGUAAAGCAGAAAUUAUGAUGGAAGUUAUUAAAAGAGAGAAAGAAGCAGGAAUUGUCCCUGACAGUGACAUUGACACCUACAUGAAGGCAACUGCAAUUGCGGGCCAACAAAGAACUCUUCAGACUGAUUAUAUUCUGCAGAUCCUUGGACUCGAUAGUUGUGCUGACGUAGUGGUCGGAGAUGCAAUGAAAAGAGGAAUUUCAGGUGGCCAAAAGAAAAGACUGACAACAGGAGAGAUGAUUGUGGGUCCCACAAAGGUUUUACUGAUGGAUGAAAUAUCAACUGGAUUAGACAGUUCCACAACCUUUCAGAUAGUGACCUAUCUUCAGCAAUUGGUGCACAUCACAGAUGCAACAGCAUUGGUUGCACUUCUUCAACCAACCCCUGAAACGUUCGAACUAUUUGACGAUAUAAUAUUGAUGGCAGAAGGGAAGAUUCUGUACCAUGGUCCUCGCAGCCACACACUGCAAUAUUUUGAGGGCUGCGGUUUCAAGUGCCCAGAAAGAAAGGGUGCAGCUGACUUCCUCCAGGAGGUAAUUUCAGAAAAGGAUCAAGCACAGUUUUGGUGCAGAACUGACCUACACUAUAGUUACAUUUCGGUGGACCAAUUCUGCGAGAUGUUCAAAACAAGUUCUCUUGGACAAAGGCUUGAAGAGGAGCUCUCCAACCCAUAUGAUAGAUCCAACAGCCCAAAAAAUUCCCUAUCAUUUAGCAUAUACCCAUUGAACAAAUGUGAAUUAUUCAAAGCCUGCAUGGCUAGAGAGCUGCUUCUCAUGAAGAGAAAUUCCUUUGUAUACGUAUUCAAAACAACACAGCUUGUCGUCACUGCAUUCAUGACAAUGACAGUCUUCAUACGUACUCGGAUGGCUGUGGACUUGGUCCAUGCAGAUUAUUUUAUGGGUUCCUUGUUUUAUGCACUUGUCAGACUUAUGACUAAUGGAGUCGCAGAGCUCUCCUUAACGGUUACUAGACUUCCCGUCUUCCACAAACACCAAUCAUUUUUCUUGUAUCCAGCAUGGGCUUAUUGUAUUCCAGCUUCCAUCCUAAAGAUCCCAUAUUCACUACUCGAGUCUAUUCUCUGGACAUCAAUUACUUACUAUGUCAUUGGAUAUUCUCCUGAAGUAGAACGGUUGUUCCGCCAGUUCCUUCUGCUUUUCUCCCUGCAUCUAGCAUCGACAUCUUUGUGUCGAUUUGUCGCCUCAGUUUUCCAAACUAUGGUUGCUGCAACAACUUUGGGGUCUUUAACCUUGUUGCUAAUGUUUUUAUUUGGAGGCUUCCUUCUUCCAAGGCUUUCUUUACCCCCUUGGUUGAGGUGGGGCUUCUGGAUUUCGCCAAUGACAUAUGGGGAAAUAGGGCUUUCAUUGAAUGAAUUUCUCGCUCCACGUUGGCAGAAGGCUACAGGAAACAUGACUAUAGGGCAGAGUGUUCUAGCUAGUCAUGGCCUGAACUUUGAUGGUUACUUCUAUUGGAUAUCAGUGGGGGCAUUGAUUGGAUUCAUGAUUCUGUUUGACCUCGGAUUCAUCUUGGCCUUAACUUACUUAAAACCUCCGGGAAUGUCUCAAACUCUUAUUUCUAAAGAGAAGUUAUCUCAACUGCGAGGCAAAGAAGAUCAUAAAAAUAGAGAACUGGGGGAAUGUGCUUUAGCUCAAGCCGCCUCUUCCAAAACAAUUGCCCAACAACCAAAAUCGGGUCAUGUAGUCCUACCUUUUGAGCCAGUAACGAUGACAUUUCAAGAAGUGCAAUAUUUUGUCGACACCCCUCCGGAAAUGAGAGAACGUGGCUUCAAACAGAAAAAACUUCAGCUGCUUCAGGAUAUGACGGGCGUAUUUAGGCCUGGGAUCCUUACAGCAUUAAUGGGUGUCAGUGGGGCAGGUAAAACAACCUUAAUGGAUGUUCUUUGUGGGAGGAAAACCGGAGGCACUAUUGAAGGUGAUAUAAGAAUUGGAGGGUAUCCCAAAGUACAGAAGCUAUUUGCUAGAAUAUCCGGCUACUGUGAGCAGAACGACAUACACUCUCCACAGAUCACCGUUGAAGAAUCAGUAAUAUACUCAGCUUGGUUGCGAUUACCGGCCCAGAUUAAUCCAGAAACCAAAGCUAAAUUUGUAGCACAAGUUAUUGAAGUAAUUGAGCUUGAUGGCAUCAAAGAUUCUUUAGUUGGAAUUCCUGGGCAAAGUGGUCUUUCAACUGAGCAGCGCAAGAGAUUAACAAUUGCAGUGGAGCUUGUUUCCAAUCCCUCCAUAAUCUUCAUGGAUGAGCCUACAUCAGGUUUAGAUGCUAGAGCAGCGGCAAUAGUCAUACGCACCGUGAAGAAUAUAGUUGCUACAGGAAGGACAACGGUUUGCACUAUUCAUCAACCAAGCAUUGAUAUUUUUGAGGCAUUUGAUGAGUUGAUUCUAAUGAAAAGGGGAGGACAAAUCAUCUAUUCUGGAAUCUUGGGUCAUCAUUCAAGUAAACUUAUAGAAUAUUUUGAGGGUAUCAGGGGAUUGCCAAAGAUCAAGAACAACUACAAUCCAGCAACAUGGAUGUUAGAAGUCACGUCUGCAUCAGUAGAAGCCGAGCUUGGUUUAGAUUUUGCCACCAUUUACAGAGAAUCACCACAGUAUCAAAACACUGUCGAGUUGGUGAGACAGGUCAGCAAGCCACCACCAGCUUCAAAAAGCUUGCACUUCCCCACUCGUUUUCCACAGAAUAGCUGGGAACAGUUUUUGGCAUGCCUUUGGAAACAACACUUAUCCUAUUGGAGAAGUCCGGAAUACAACUUGGUGCGGUUCACAUAUAUGAUUGUCGCAUCUGUGUUGUUUGGGGCAGUCUUCUGGCAGAAAGGGCAAAAUAUAAACAAUGAGCAAGAUUUGAUGAGCAUACUUGGAUCAAUGUUUAUUGCUGUCAUUUUCUUGGGCAUAAAUAACUGUUCAACACUACUACCAUAUGUGGCCACUGAGCGCACAGUAUUGUACCGGGAAAAAUUUGCUGGGAUGUACUCAUCAUGGGCAUAUUCAUUUGCACAGGUGGCCAUUGAAGUACCGUAUACCUUAUUUCAAGCAAUUUUGUUUGUGGCCCUUACCUAUCCGUCAAUAGGAUAUUACUGGUCAGCUUACAAGGUCUUCUGGUACUUCUACGCCACGUUUUGCACCUUCCUGUAUUUCGUAUACCUUGGGAUGCUGAUAGUCUCAUUAAGCUCAAAUGUCCAAGUAGCUUCCAUAUUGGCAACUGCAGUCUACACAAUACUGAAUCUUUUCGCAGGCUUCCUCAUGCCAGGACCGAAAAUUCCUAAGUGGUGGGUUUGGUGCUAUUGGAUUUGUCCUACAUCUUGGUCCCUGAAUGGCCUUCUGACAUCACAAUACGGAGAUGAGAACAAAAAGAUACUGAUAUUUGGGGAGCCAAAGACAAUUAGCUCCUUCAUUGAAGAAUUUUAUGGCUUUCGUCAUGAUCAUUUAGGUCUUGUUGCUUUUGUUCUUCUUGCUUUCCCAAUUGUCUAUGCGUCUCUAUUUGCAUAUUGCAUAACAAAAUUGAACUUCCAAAGAAGGUAAAAACAUAAUGACUCGAACAAUAACAGCUGGGGAAUAUCCUGAUGCUCUACUAAAACAUAAUGUAUUGACCAUGGUUUCAUUAUAAACAUCUGCCAUUCUGUA